AUGCAGUGCACAAACAUUAUCACCACACAAACGCAAGACCAAGUGAUGGCUACUCCAAUCCUUGAACAAUUGUUUUUGAAAGAAUUGCUUGCAAAGUACAAGUGUGUUAUCUGUGCUAGUCUUCUAAACAACCCUCUUCUAACGGAGUGCUGUGGAGGACAUUUCUGCAACGAUUGCCUGAACAAAUGGCUCAAAUCAAACAAGACUUGCCCUCAUUGCCGGAAAAAAAACUUCAAAUUUAUCGAGUCCAAACCAAUGAAGAGAGAGAUCAACGAACUUGAGAUGAAUUGUGGUAACCAAGAGUGUGAAGUAGUUACGACUUAUAGCAAGUUUAAUAAGCAUUUGAGUGAAUGUCCGUACGGAAUUGUGGAUUGUAGCAAUAAAUGCAGGGAGCAAUUUAAGCGGAAAGAUCUGGAGCAACACUUGGAAGAGGAGUGCGAAAAUCGAAUUAUAGCUUGUGAUUUAUGCCAAACCGAGGGAGAGUAUCACGAAAUAGUAGGCGUUCAUACUAAGGUUUGUCCUGACGUUAGUAUCCAUUGUCCCAAUAAAUGCGGAGCCUUCAAUAUAAAGCGAAAAAACGUUCAAAGCCACCGACAGAAGUGCAAGCUUGAGAUAGUACAGUGCCCUUUUAUUGAAGUUGGAUGCAACUUGUCUCUGACACGCCAAGAGAUGAAUUUGCAUGAAGUUUCAAGCCUUCAAGAUCACUUAAAGCUUUCAAUGAAAACUAGUGCUACAAACUACCAAAAGCUAAAAUCCGAGCAUGAAGAGCUUCAGCAAAAAUUUGACACUGUUCUUUUGGCUGUUUCGAAAGAGCUGAGCUAUCAAGACAAGAGCAGAAGCCAACAAGGUUCAAUCCUCACAACAAGAAGACUGGAUUGUAUUCAAACGAUCCUGACAACUAUGCUGCUUCCGAAUAAAGACGCCACACUUCACUUUACCAAAGAAAAUGGCUCGAUUCGCACUCCAUCAUUCCGCAUACAUCCUGGAUACAAGAUGUAUAUGAGGCGUGGUCAAGUAAAAUUCAGUGUGGAACUUGUGCUUGAACGGAGCAAUAACGAUAAAUUCCUUCCCUGGCCAAUACCCAACAUUAUGACUAUCACGUACAAGACAUUAUCAAAUCGAUACUACUCAGGACAAGCUCUCAACAAAGACAGUUUUGCUAUACCGCUCUGCAAUUAUUGCACCGAUGUCGAUCUGACAUAUUUUGAACCAGGACAAAAUGAAAAACCAAUUUUGACACUAUUUUGUCCAGUUGAAGAUGAUUUAUAUGCUAAAAUUUGCAUAACAAAACAUGAAUGUAGAUAGCCACAGAUUGCUUUGACUCGUCACAUAUUCUAAGGCAAGAUGAAGUAAUUGGUCGCCAAAUAUUACUGCUGUGAACGAAUUUAGUAUUAUAGUCUUAGCUAUAAAUGUACAGACUUAACACUAGACUGAAUCAUUAUCUGUGUAUUAGAGGAUAGAUGAUUAUGCUAAAAUAUGU